UGAGCAAGUGGUGCCGAAGGAACACGAGGACCCUGGAUUCGUUCGUUUCGCAUGCGAGCUCACGUCAGUGCGAGCCCCGCUCCGCGCGAGUGUUCGUCCAGCUAACCGACGGUAGUGACUUCUUCACGAGGACUCUGGCGAUCGCGAUACGAGAAAAUGGGCGAGGGACAGCCGACUUACAAAUUGAUCUACUUCAACGCUCGCGGCCGUGCCGAGCAUAUACGAUACAUAUUUGCCUACGCUGGCAUUGACUACAUCGACGAGAGGAUCCCCAAGGAACGCUGGCCGGAGCUGAAAAAGUCGAUGCCUUAUGGAAUGCUGCCGGUGCUAGAGAUAGACGGGAAACUGAUAGCGCAGAGUAACGCAGUAGCCAGACACUUGGCAAGGAAGCACAAUCUAACUGGGAGGGACGAAUGGGAAGCGAUGCUGUGUGAUGUUCUUGUCGAUACCCUCGGAGAUCUCAAGCAAAUAAUAUCCCAGUAUCGCACCGAGGAGGAUCACUUCAAGAAAGAAGAAAAGAAGGCGAAACUUGUGAAAGAAACGAUACCGUUUUACUUGAACAAGUUUGAGCAAACUGUUGGCGAGAAUGGAGGCUACGCCGUCGGAUCUACCACCACGUGGACGGACUUCGUAUUCGCGGUGGCUCUUGAAAAUUUCGAAAAUAUUUUUGGCGCACACGCGUUAGAAAAUUAUCCUGGAUUACGAGCACUAAAGAAAAGAGUCCAUGGGAUACCUGCUAUUGGCGAUUGGCUGGCGAAACGACCUCAUACGGAAUUUUAAAUAUGACUUUUUUUUAACGAACGGGUACAUAUCUACACAGUCUGCGCGUGCUUAAUCGAAAAUAAUUAAACGUUUGUUAACAUUAAGAAUCGUCAAUGUUACCAUGUGUUCUAUCGAUGUGUAAAAUGAUGUAACGAUGUUGCAUAUCCGUAUCGGUCCAUUUGUUGAAAAUGUGUGAAUUAAUGUUAAAUAAAGUUCGUCUUCUUUCGUUUAACUUAUAAGACGAAAUAUGUUUCUAUCACAAGUUGUGAUUUACAUCAACUGAAUUUUAUGUUUCCGUUGAAUGCAUUGCAGUCUGGAGUGCUUUAAAUGUUUCGGGGUAAGUAAUUGCGGAAGAAACUCGCAUCGUUAAUAUCAAAGUGAAUCUUAAUAUUAUUCAAGGACAAUAUUUUUAUAAUAUUGUCAAUAUUACUUCACAGUCACUUUGCGUGCCAUUUUAAAUGUUCAACAAAUCUAUUUAUAUGUUUUCCCGUGUUACUAGAAAAAGAUACAACGUUUCGCAUGCAAAGUGACUUUGAGAUAAUUAUGAGAAAAACUCACCGAUCAUACCUGACUGUAUACAAGAACAAUUUCAUUUUCAUUUGGCAACAAUGUAACGCAUCAUUAGUCACGAUACACGCUGUAUAUCAAAUAUUAUUUCCUUUCGCACAAAAAUCUGAUUUUGCAAGAAUUUAAUUCCAUUAGAUUGAUUAAAAAUGUAUGAAAUACAUGCUUCACAAAUUAUUAUAUUUAGGCAUCAUGUAAAUGUUGAAAACAAUAAUGUGGUAACGUAGUUAAAAUUCACCAAGAUUAAUGUAAAAUAGCAAAUACCUUAGUCAAAGAUACAUAAUUAUAAUUAAUAAAAUCUUCGUACUGUUUUUACUUCCUAAUGUUCUUCAAUCCAUCGAGCACAUUUUUCUUCAAUUUUCAUUUUUAUACAACGAACUGUAAAAACAAAAAUCUCUAUAAGUGAUUGCAGUUUGUUGAUCAGUUUUCGUAAUUAAGUUUUAUAAAACGAAAGCUUUCUACCAAAGAAUAUUCACUCUACAUGUUUAACUCUUCGUUAAAUACAUUCAGGCAGGCACAGUUUUUUGUGUUCAGCAUGAUGAGUCACUGCGAUCAAUCUUACACGAUAGUGAAAAUUAGGCGUGGAUCACUCGUAGCUUGAGCCACUAGAUACGCAGAUUGCUGUGUAGAAGUUUCGGGAAUCCGCCAUUUCUACCUUUAUGUAAUUUUAAUAAAGCUUCACAUUUUUAAGAUUAUAAUGUGUUGACACGACAUAAUGGAAAAUAUAUUAAUGUCAAAGCAGAAUAUGUUGAAAAACAAUAAAACCACUAGUUAAAACUUUUGUUUUAAUAAAGCCAUUAAUUCAAAAUUAUUUGUUACUUCUCUCAUAUUUUCCCGAAACUUUUGCAGUAAUCACAUAAAAGUACAGCCUGUAGAUCACCAAUGGUCCACGCCGGGUCGAACGCAUUAAACAAUCACCUUUUAUUUUCAAUUGAGCAGUGUGUAUACAAAAUGCUAUCAAGAAUUGAAGCAAGAAAAACAUCAAUUCGUAGAAAUAAGCCUGAUGACGCGCUUGGUUACAACUAAUUGUUACAGAUUAAGUGUUAAGAAACAGUAUAAUGUAUGUUGCAUCGUUGUCACUGCAAUAAAUGCCGGCUAGUCGAGUAAUAAUAAUUCUGCGAAAAGAAGCAACAACGAACGGGUUUACUCCUUUCACUAAUUACCCACCGCAAUGCCAAUGUCGUUCCUUUUUCACAAUGAUGUGCAACUCUUUUGAAGUGUACCGAUGAUAAAUAAAAAAGAAGAGUUUCGUUGCGCAAUGAUUUAAUCAAUUACCCAGAGUUCGCUACGUUACGAAUCAUAUUCUAUCCCUGCUGGUUUAUCGACAGUAAACACUUAACACGGACUUAGGAUAAGUUUGCGUUUAGCGUCCGUUGAUAACAGGACUGCGAUAAAGAAACCGUGCUUAUCGUUUGUUUAAUAGAAACAGUCAAUCCUACAUGACUUUAUUUUCAUCCUGAUAAAUUCGACAAAAGAUAGAAUAACUAUAUUCGGCAUGAACGCGAAGUGAGAAUUAUGCGUGUAAAUUUAUGGAAAUGAUUGUAAAGCUAUUUAAUUUGAAUAAUUUAUUUAACCUGCAUCCAGUUUGAACCAGGAAAAUGAUAUUUUAAAAAUUGUCAUGUCUCAUUAGUUGGAACUGAUUUCAAUGGAAACGAGAAAUUAAUAAUAUGAUAAUUUAUUACGAUGAACGCUCAUUUUUAAUAUUUGUAGACCUAUAAUGCAAAUUUUUAAUGUCUAAUUGCGCGAUAUAUUGUAAGAAAGUAAGAAUGUAGAUAUAAUUAUUAUCCAUAUGAGAUGUUUUAAAAGAUGAAAGAGAAACAAUAUUAUUGUAAGAAAAACAGAAAUAUUAUAAAUCUAUGUGAAAAUAAUAUUUAUGUUUUGAAAACAUAAUUUCGUACAAAGUUUAUUCAAUAUUAAUAGAUUGCGAAUGUUUAUGCAAUUGCGUAGUUUUAUAAACAAUAAAUUAAAAAAGGAGAUGUGGAAAAAGAUUUGUUUUGUGAUUAAAUAGCUGUUUAAAAAUAUCCUUAUGCUACAAAAUUUGCAUAUUUCAUAUUUCCUAUUUUAUGCACAUAAAAAUAUAGCUUUACUAAAUGAAUCCUAGACAUUUUGAACGAAAAAGUUCAGUAAUUUAAAUUAUUUAAAUUUAAUUAUUUAAUUAUUUAAUUACUAAAUUUAAUUUGUAUUUAAAUUUAGUAAUUAGUGUUUAAUAAAAGUUAUUUUUGCGCCCUGUUUGGCGUUACGUACAAAUUGAUAAAAUAGCAUUAUCAUUAAACAAAUUUGCUUUUAGAUAUCACUGAAGGAUUGAAAUCUCUAUUUACCGAAUAUGGAGAUAAAAUCAGAAUAAAACAUAAAUCUGAAAUUUAGUAUCAACUACAAACCUAGUGCUAUAUUCUAUUAAAUUGUAUUUUCUUUUACAUAUACUUUUCAUAUUUUUGCAUAAAUAUUCGCAAUUCAAACAUUUUGUACACACACAUGCUUUUACUUAUUUAUUUUUCCUUAUAACAGUAAGUAGUGAAAGCAGUUGUUAUCAGGUAUGUUGAAACAGUACCGUAUAUAAGAUUCCAUAAAAUGAAAUUAAUACUCUCUAAACAUUACAGUUGUAAUGUUCUUUUAGUACAGAUAUUUUAUAUAAAUUGCGUUUAUGUAUUCAUUCCGUUUUUUAAAAUGUGCGAAAGCAUUUGUAAUGCAAAAAAUUUUCAA